GUCAUAUUACCAUUCAAAUUCGUUUGAUGAUUUCAGUGAUUAAUUAUCUCAUAUUUUUUCAUUAGUUAAAUUUAUUGAUUAAAUCGUUAAUUAUUUUCUUACGAAUUUUCUGAAUUGGUUCCGGGAAUUUAUUUUCGGGUUUUGAUUAGGGGUCUAUAGUCCAACAAGUGGGACAGGGGAUUGUAGSKRUAUUGCUUGAUUGUUCUACCCCUGUUCCCACUCUCCCUACCCCCCGUGUUCUGUGAUUACCGGGACUUCUCAAGUACCGCAUCGGUUCAGACUGAUGUCGACGAAACAGGACACCGGGGCACUGCCACGACGCAGUGCCAGAAUCGCAGUUCGUGCCCGCCCUGCAGUACCUCCAAGACCGAAGAAACUCAGCAGGCGGACGACUCCAGCAGCAUCAAGUACGGCAUUGACAGUACAAGACGCCACCGGAGAUCAUCCCGCAUACCCAGUCCGAGGAGCCAAUGAGCCAGCGGCUGAUUAUCGUGGGCGGCUACUGGCAUUUACGGAAGCCGUAGCUGCCGUCGAGGCCUGGAAGGAGACAGCAGAGGCAGAACGUCAGCGGCUAGCCAAUGAAGCGGCAGCCGAAGCUCAGCGAACGACUGGGACUGACGCAGAGACACGAGACAGACGGAAUGCCAGCAGCACGGAGUCCUUGAUUGCUUGUGAGCAUCAGUGGACGACGAUACUCCAAGGCAUGAUCUUUGUGCCUACGGAAGCGCAGGCAGACCCGACACCGGCGGAGGCAGAGAGAAGUAACCUGGCUAACUUGCUGCUAGGCAUGAUGAGAGGUAUUAUGUGGAAUAAUACACUGCUGCAUUCACAUCUGCGCACGGACGCGACGCAGCGACAAACAUACAAGAACGAUAUCACUGCGUUAACAACUGCUAUCCGCACAGAGGCAACGCAACAGCAGCAACAACAUCAUCUGUUGAAUUCCACUAUCACACGCGUCAACAGCAUAGAGGCUAACGCCUCAGCAGCGCCAGGCUGCACGACAGACGUGACGAAGCAACUCAACGAGCGCAUCGAUCACGUCGUCACCAUCAUCGGCGACAUAAGUACUUUCAACGGACCAGACUCGAUCAGCAACACGGUGGCCGCCAUCAAUAUGGACAUCACCAAGCUACAGACGAGACCGGAAGCCGCUACAAAGACGUUCAAGAUGCCGCACUUCGACAUCAGCAACUCUGAAGGCAGCGAUUCCGGAGACUUGGAAAGCUCUGUUAACAGGAGAUGCCUUACCACAGGAAAACUCUUGGGUCAGAGCGCCAACAGUAGACGAAAAAUUCUGGAGGAUUCUCGGUCCAGACUUGCAGCAAGGUACGAGGAUUCAAGAGUGGAAGCCAACUGUUUUCUCGACAAUAGGGUCGGAGCUGAGCAGAUCACUAACCUUGGUAGAGGAAAGAACAAAAUUCUUGAGCAGAGAUUUAGAGGAAGUAAGGGUUCGGUUAGUCAGAGACAGAAGAGGCGUAGAGCAAUGUUCUGGAGGAGUUGCAGCCACUCAGUUCAAGGUGGAGCCGUUCACUUAUGGGUGGAAGCUGAGGAAUCAUCAAUCGGAGUUCCUACCGUUAGUGCAAUACUCGACAAAGAUUGGGAGGGAAAUACAGAGAUCUACUGUAAAGAAAUCUCCAACAGCGGUAGCCAGCAGGAGAUGGAACGAUUACUGCCCGAGCCUGAUGAAACCACGGGAGCUGCAGGGUCURUGGAUGCAGCUGAAGAAGAUGACAAAUCAGAAGACUGCCGCCUUGCUUUGGUUACAAUCCCUUCAAGUAGUGGCCUCGGCUACAUGGCUGUCCUCUAAAGGUUUGGACAUUGAUCAAACAUGCUCACGGUGCAAGUGGGCAUGGGAAACGACGAACCACCUUUGGAUUCACUGCCCAGU